AUGGCGGAGCAGGAGAGCCCCGAGUUCGGCAAGGCCGACUUCGUGCUGCUCGACGAGGUCACCAUGGAGCACUUCAUGGAGAACCUGCGCCUGCGGUUCUCCCGCGGCCGCAUCUACACGUACAUCGGGGAGGUGGUGGUGGCCGUGAACCCGUACCGGGCGCUGCCGCUCUACGGGCCCGGCGUCGUGGAGCGCUACCGCGGGCGCGAGCUCUACGAGCGCCCGCCGCACCUCUACGCCGUGGCCGACGCCGCCUACAAGGCCAUGAAGCGCCGCGCCAAGGACACCUGCAUCGUCAUCUCGGGCGAGAGCGGGGCGGGCAAGACGGAGGCGAGCAAGUACAUCAUGCAGUACAUCGCGGCCAUCACCAACCCCACGCAGCGCGCCGAGGUGGAGAGGGUGAAGAACGUCCUGCUGAAGUCCAACUGCGUCCUGGAGGCCUUUGGCAACGCCAAGACCAACCGCAACGACAACUCGAGCCGCUUCGGCAAGUACAUGGACAUCAACUUCGACUUCAAGGGCGACCCCACGGGGGGCCACAUCCACAACUACCUCCUGGAGAAGUCCCGCAUCAUCCAGCAGCAACCGGGUGAGAGGAACUUCCACUCCUUCUACCAGCUGCUGUGGGGCGCCCCGGACGCGCUGCUGGCCUCGCUGCAGCUCCAACGCGACCCCGGCGCCUACUGCUACACCCGGGAGGGCACGGCCAGCGGCGCCGGGGGUGACGACGCGGCCAGGCACAAGGAGGUGGAGGAGGCCAUGGCCGUGAUCGGCUUCACCCCGGAGGAGAUCAGCUCUGUGCACAAGAUCCUCGCUGCCAUCCUGCACCUGGGCAACGUGGCGUUCGUGGCCGAGGGUGAGACGGCGGCGGUGGCCGACGAGGGGCUGCUGGCCACGCUGGCCGAGCUGACGGGCACGGCGCCGGCGCGGCUGCGCCAGGCUCUGCUGGCCCGCACGGUGGCCGCCGGCGGCGGAGAGCUCAUCGAGAAGGGCCACAGCGCCAAGGAGGCCGCCUACGCGCGCGACGCCUGCGCCAAGGCCAUCUACGAGCGGCUCUUUGGUUGGAUCGUGGGGCGCGUCAACGCCGGCAUCGCGGCGCGGGACUACGACGCGCGCCGGCACGGCAAGAGCACCGUCAUCGGCGUGCUCGACAUCUACGGCUUCGAGAUCUUCGACACCAACAGCUUCGAGCAGUUCUGCAUCAACUACUGCAACGAGAAGCUGCAGCAGCUCUUCAUCGAGCUCAUCCUGCGGCAGGAGCAGGCCGAGUACCAGAGCGAGGGCAUCACCUGGCAGACCAUCGAGUACUUCAACAACCAUCCCAUCGUGGAGCUGGUGGAGCAGCCGCACCGGGGCAUCCUGGCGCUGCUGGACGAGGCCUGCCUGGUGGCGGGCACCGUCACCGACGCGCUCUUCCUCGACUCCAUGGACAGCCACCUCAGCCGUCACCCCCACUACACCAGCCGCAAGCUCUGCCCCACUGAUAAGACGAUGGAGUUUGGCCGGGAUUUCCGCAUCAAGCACUACGCUGGAGACGUCACGUACUCGGUGGAGGGCUUCCUGGACAAGAACAAGGACACGCUCUUCCAGGACUUCAAGCGGCUCCUCUACAACAGCACCGACCCCGUGCUGCGCGCCAUGUGGCCCGACGGCGAGCAGAGCAUCACCGAGGUCACCAAGCGCCCGCUCACCGCCGCCACGCUCUUCAAGAACUCCAUGGUGGCCCUGGUGGACAACCUGGCCUCCAAGGAGCCCUACUACGUGCGCUGCAUCAAGCCCAAUGACGCCAAGUCCCCGGAGCUCUUUGACGAGGAGCGUUGCCGGCACCAGGUCUCCUACCUGGGGCUGCUGGAGAACGUGCGGGUGCGACGCGCCGGCUUCGCCUACCGCCAGCCCUACGACCGCUUCCUGCAGCGGUACAAGAUGACUUGUGAGUACACCUGGCCCAACCACCUCAUGGCCACCGACCGCGACGCCACUGAAGCCCUCCUGGAGCAGCACGGCUUCCAGAAGGACGUGGCCUACGGGCGCACCAAGGUCUUCAUCCGCACGCCGCGCACCCUCUUCAGCCUCGAGCAGGCGCGGGCGCAGCUCAUCCCCAUCAUCGUCCUGCUGCUGCAGAAGGCCUGGCGCGGCGCCCUGGCACGGCGCCGCUGCCGCUACCUGCGCGCCGCCUACACCAUCAUGGGCUACUACAAGCGGCACAAGGUCAAGUCCUACCUGCGGGAGCUGGCGCGGCGCUUCCAGGGCGUGCGCGCCAUGGCCGACUACGGCAAGAGCGUGGCGUGGCCGGCGCCGCCCGCCGUGCUGGCCCGCUUCCAGGAGGACACGCAGCGCCUCUUCCGCCGGUGGCGCGCCAGGCAGGUGGUCAAGAACAUCCCGCCGUCGGACAUGGCCCAGCUGCGCGCCAAGGUGGCCGCCUUCGGGGCGCUGCACGAGCUGCGCAGGGACUGGGGGUGCCAGCGGAGCUGGGCACGCGACUACCUCUCCUCGGUCACCGAGAACCCGGCGCUGGCGCUGGCCUUCGCCCGCCGCGUGCAGGCGCUGCGGGACAAGGUGCAUUUCGGCGCCGUGCUCUUCUCCUGCCACGUGCGCAAGAUCAACCGCUUCAACAAGAGCCGUGACCGGGCCAUCCUGCUCACCGACCAGCACCUCUACAAGCUCGACCCGCGGCACCAGUACCGGGUGAUGCGGGCGCUGCCGCUCAGCACGGUGACAGGGCUCAGCGUGACGAGCUGCCGGGCGCAGCUCGUGGUCUUCCACACGCAGGAGCGUGACGACGUGGCCGUGUGCCUGCACAAGACGCAGCCGCCGGGGGACAACCGCGUGGGCGAGCUGGUGGGCGUCCUGCUGGAGCACUGCCGCACGACCAAGCGGGAGCUGCAGGUCCGCGUGUCCGACUGCAUCCAGCUGAGCCUGCGCGGCCGCAGGCGCCUGCUGGCCGUGGAGACCCGGCCCGACGUGGCCGGCCCCGAUUUCGCCAAGAGCCGCGAUGGCUUCGUGCUCUACUGGCCUGGCAAAUGA